UGAAAACCUGUCAAGUUUGAGAGGUUCAUCCUUAUUCGUCUGUUGGUUAAACAAUGCCUUCCGUUUGUUUGUUAAUUAAGAGAAGUGUUUAUAUAUCUUGUGUGGCCCUGCUCGUCUGUUCCCAUGCUAGGGAAGAAGAUUGGAACAUAACUGUUGGAAUUCCAGUGGUGAAGGUGCUACCCCCAUUUGGCAAUGUGAGUCUCUCUGCCAGAGGCCUGAGUGCCUCUAACCUCACCAGUUCUGUCACAUGUCAAGUGCACGCUCAAGUGCACAAUGUGACCCUGUCGAUGUCUGCUCACCCAGGUGUCAGCACAUCUGUGAAUGGUCAUGAUGUUGGGGUUAUUACAGUGCUGAGGAUUGGACAGACUGAGGCCAGGUGGUUUCUCAUGUCACAGCACAACUUCUCCCUGUCAGUUGUUGUGGCUGUCACAGAACUGACAGAUCAAAAUCCUCUGCCGGGUGGAUGUAACAUUGAGUUCAACUUGGAGAAUGAUGCCAACAUCCACUUGAGAUACACAGACUACUUGAAUGUCCUGACGUUCCAGUGGUCAGCUCUCAGCUUCAGAAGAGACCAGGAGCAUCCAUUGGACUGUGUUAGCAGGAGUGACCAAUUCAGUUUGACUUAUGACAUCUAUGUCUACUAUUUACCGGGAAAUGACAUUCUGGAAGACACAUACAUACAUGCUGUUCAGCAAAUGCUUACUGUAGACUCAGUGAAGCAGAUAGGGCAAAAGAUUGCCAGUUUAACGUACAACGACAAAUCGAACAUUAGUGUGGUGUCCUACCCUGGCCAUGGUGUGAUCUAUACUGUGCUGGUCACUCAGACAGGGAAGGGGAGCUCACUCUACUUCCCUGUUUCAACCUACAGUUGUUCUUUGAAUUCGUCAGGCUGUGAACAAGCAUUGAAAGCGGACGUGGCGGGAAUAGUGUUAACAACAAUUGCUUCGUUUGUGGGCAUCUUCAUCUGCUUCUUUGGUCAUCGCUUCUUUAAGACAGAAAUGUUCAUAUUUGGUUUCUUGUCCAUGGCUUUGGUGACAUAUAUUGGCCUCAUACCAGGAGAGUUAGGUUUGGCAGAACACCUGCUGGUGGCUGGGGCUGUAGGUGUGUUAGGAGGUCUGGCUUGGUUAAUCUUCUGGUGGUUCCUGGGAAUUCCUGUCUUGUCUGUUCUCCUUGUGGGACUUGUGGCUGGCUAUGUCUUCUCAUCUCUUGUGUUCUUCACACCAUUUGGUGAUUUGAAGUACUGGCACAAUCGAUUUAAUUUUGGGAUGACAUUUAGCUGUGGUGUGUUGAUUUUACCAGUGUUGCUGCUCUGCUUCACAAGAAUCCUGAACAUUUUAUCCUGUGCCUUUGUGGGUUCCUUCAGUGUGAUACUUGCAGCUGGCAUGUACCUUCACAGUGAGAUCAAGUACAUCCUGCUUAGCCAGUUUAACCGCUUCUUUUUGCCAGAAUACAACUCUGCUAUACAUACAGUACCUUUCCAGUUAAAUGAAAUCAUACUGAGCACCCUGUGGGCAGUAUUGUUUAUCUCGGGGACGAUUUUCCAGUAUGUGAGAGAACGGAAACGACCACCCUUCCCACCAUGCCCCAGGAGCAAGAUAAGGGCAAGGACCUUGUAUCGUCAGCAAAAACAAGAUGAAAGUGACGAAAGACGGCCCUUAUUAAGGGAUAGCCAGCACAGGCCUCCAUCUUACGGUCGCAUCCGUGUCAUGUCUUUCCCACGAGCAGAGUCAGAUGAUUCCCGUCAGCCAGACCAAAAUACUGGGCCAGAGCACAGUUUGUCUUAGAAUAUGUACUCCGCUCACCCUUGAUUUGAAGUGGUCAUGUUCAUAAAGAGGCGAGGUUAUUGCUCAGCAAAACUUUCAUUAAUGCACUUGAGCUUUUGUACUACAGCAGCAAUAUUUUAAUAGUGAGAGGUGUGAGGGAUUUUCAACAUAAACAAAUAUUUUAUACAGCCGUACAUUAGAAUUGUUUCUUGUGCAUAACACAGCGUUAUCGCAAAAUUAGGGAUUUUAAAGAAAUUAAAAUUGACAGAGAACUAAAAAAAAUGUUUAAGUCAAAUCCUAAUAAAGACUGUAGAGUAGGGACAUUUUUUGGGGGGGGGGGG